AAGGCAUCGUUCUGACAUAAUAUUAUAUACAAAGUAGGAAAUAGCUUCAAAAGCUUCUCUUUGAAUAAAAAGGAAAACAUUUAAUUAUCAAGCGAUAAUGGACGUUGUUUUACGGAAGACGUGUUUCUUUCUUGCUGUCUUCGGUUUACUCCUGCAGCUUGCUCUUGCAGCUAAUAUCAACAGGACUGCCAGCGAAGACAUAAAUGGACAAUAUUUGUUGGACAUGGGUAGAAAAUUGAAAGAUCAAACCUUACAAGCGAUAGGAAUUGCGUUUAUAAACCUUGGUAAGAAUCGUUGCGGUGAAUGGACCCCUUGGUCCUCCUGCACAGCUGGUACUCUUGGUUAUUUCGGUAUAAAAGGGCGAAAAAGGACGUGCGGUGAUGAGUUAAGUGUAGAAAAAUCUGAAAUAGAUUUCAGUAUUUGUGGAACACUUUGUCCGCCUGAUUAUUAUCAAACUGCUAACAGAUUUUGCGUGAAACUGCACAUGUCGUCUAAAUCGUAUAUGGACGCCGAUAGCCACUGCCAGGCUGAAGGAGGAUAUCUGAUCAAUAUCGAUUCACAUACCAAGUUUACGGACAUUCAGAAUCUGAACAUUUAUUUGUCGAAUAAAGUGUUCAUCGGCGGACGUCGCAAAGACGCGCAUUCUCCGUGGAUGUUUGAGUAUGGAAAUAAAAACGGAUAUUUCAGGUGGGGAUCUGGGCAACCGAGCAAUGGAUCAAAUGAAUUAUGUUUGUAUAUAUAUGGAAGCAGUAAACUGAUGUACGAUGCGAACUGUCAGACGAAACAUCCAUUCAUAUGUGAAAUAAUUAUGUGAGAGCAUCUAAGUUAACGGAAGAAAUAGUGCGGUUAGUUUACUGACUUUUAAAGUAAAUCCAUAUAUAUAUUUUAGCGAAUAUUAUCAGUGUUAAAAACAGACAUGCUAUCAUAAAAGGAAAACCAUAUGAAAUAUCGAAAUUAUUUACAUUUUGAUGUGUGCUAAGGAUAAAUUUUUAGGCAUAUUAUGUAUCUAUACAUUUCACAUGUCAUUCGAAUGUUAUUAUGAAGGAAACAUGUAAAAGGGAAGUAUUACGGCGUUGUUUGGAAAUCUAAAUCUAAGACACUAUCAUUCUUUGUACAUAGAACUCUUUUACUUUAACGUAGAUAUAAUAGAAAAUUGUAUAAUCAAAGAAGUAGUGAUAAUUCAACAGAAAGAGAUAAUUGUAUAUUACUAUCUUAGAUUAAUCUAUUGUGUAUUGUUACUUUCUUUUGUUUUUGUUUUUGUUUUUUUAAAUAAAGUGCUGCCCCAAAAUUAUUUGUAUGAUUUAUAAACAGGUUUGUUCUUAAGAUACACAUUUAAAUAAGUUAUUUCGUUCAAAACACAUGUGUCUUCUACCAGAUUCCUAGAAAACGUUUUUAAAAGGCAAUGUGUCAUUUAUCUUAUAUGAAACAUGUCUAAUUAGCAAAGAUGAUUCAUCAAUCUGAUUGCGGAAAACAUUACAUAUUACCCUGAAAUAUUCUAUGAUUCUGAACGAUAAAGGUUCAUACGUACUCAUUAUUUGGAAUUAAAGUGUUUGUAUUUGUAUGCGUCCGCGUGCGUGUGUGGUGAGAGUUGUUUGUGCGUGUAAACUAUUUCUGUACUUUAAUAAAAGCUAUUUACUGA